UUUUUUAAAAUUGGAUCUGAAUUUGAACUCUUCUCUUUAAUUUAUUCUAAUACUCAAAAUUUAUUUUUGAAAUAAUUAAAAAUUUUAAAACUCAUUUACUAUUUAAAUAUACUUAUUCUGCAAUAUUAUUCUGUAAUAUUUUCGUCGUGUUUUCAUUAAUAAUUAAACAUAUGAAAAUUAUUUACACAAUACUUACUAAAAAAAUAGCGCAAUAUAAUAUAUUUUUUUAUUACAAAAUAUUAAUUAUUUGCACAAUAUAUAAAUAACAUAAUUAAAAUAAAUUUAAGGAGAAACACAAUAUCAAGUACAUAUUAUUAAUUAUUUUCUAAAAACAAUUAUUAUUUUAUUUAAAUAUUUUUUAAACAUAUAUCCGAUCAAAUAAUAUAGUUUCAAUCUUUCUGUCGUUCUUAUAACACAAUGAAUAUAGAACUUGUAAAUGAUAAAAAAAAAAACGAUAAUGGUAAAAAACGAUAUUGAUAGAUGCCAUCCUAUAUUAUUCGUGAAACAUAUAUACAAGUUCACGUUCAUGCAAAGUUCAUAUGCAUUCAUAAAAACGCAUAAACGUGCGCUUGCGUUCUGACAAUAUCGCGAAGAAAGUUUUUAACCUGCCUAUUAGUCGGCAGUGAACACUUCAGCUGUCACUAUGCAUCGAUCAUACCACAAUAUUGAAAACCAGCUGAAAAAUAGUUAUUAUAAGAGCGAUAUACAUUAUACAUUACAAAUGUGUCAAUGGUUAUUGAAACCAAUCGGAGUGUGGCCUCUCAUUUCCAAUCAAACUAACAAAUUCGAACAGCUCGUUUCGAUUAUUCUGAUGAUUAUAUGUUUCUCCAGUCUAUUAUUUAUCAUCUUACCAUCUGGUCAUCAUUAUUUCUUUAUAGAAAAAAAUUUAAAUAUGAAAGUGAAAGCUCUUGGACCAGUUAGUUUCUGUGUAUCAUCCACAAUUAAAUAUUGCUAUCUUGCCUUAAAAGGAUCCUCAUUUGAAAGAUGCAUUGAACACAUGAAAAGAGAUUGGAUGAUGGUGCAGGAUCCAAAUCAUCGAACAAUUAUGUUAAAAUAUGCGACGAUUAGUAGAAGACUUAUUACUAUAUGUGCCGUUUUUUUAUAUUCAGGAGGAAUGUCGUAUCACACUGUAAUGCAAUUUUUAUCGAAGGGAAAGAAUAAUUACACGAUCAGACCAUUACCUUACAUUGGCUACGAUCCAUUUUUCGAUACACAAUCUAGUCCUACUUACGAAAUUGUGUAUUGUAUACAUUGCUUCACAGCGAUGAUCAUGUACAGUAUUUCAACGGUUGCAUAUAGUUUGGCAGCAAUCUUUGUUACACAUAUUUGUGGACAGAUUCAGAUACAAAUAGCAAGAUUGCAAGAUUUGGUUGAGAGUAAGGAGAAAAAAAAAUAUGAAAGUUGUAAUCUUUUUGCUCUUAUCGUGCACGAUCAUGUGGAAAUUUUAAGAUUUUCGAACAAUAUAGAAGAGGCUUUAAGAGAAAUAUGUUUCACGGAAAUCAUAGAGUGCACGUUAAAUAUGUGUAUGCUCGAAUAUUAUUGCUUAAUUGGAUGGUCAGCAGGGGAUACAAUUACGCUUUUAACAUUUUUUACCUUAUUGACCUCUUUCACGUUUAAUAUAUUUAUAUUCUGCUAUAUAGGUGAAAUUUUGACUGAGCAGUGUAGUCAAAUUGGUACAGUUUCCUAUGAAAUCGAUUGGUAUAAAUUAUCACCUAAAGAAGCUUACGAUCUUAUUUUAUUAAUCUCCAUAUCGCAAUAUCCACCAAAAUUAACGGCAGGAAAAAUAGUCGAAUUGUCUUUGAAUACAUUUAGCUCUGUAGCGAAAACAUCAGUAGUUUAUUUGAAUUUGCUUCGAACAGUUACAGACUGAUAUUUUUUAACAAAGCAUCAAGUUCUAGGUAUUUGUAUUAAUUAUAAUAUAUUAUAUAUGAUUUAAAUUCCAUUAGUUUAAUAGAUGUUAGAAAAACACUGAAUAUAUA